UGCUUUCUUGUAGUACUUCUCUUUUUUUGCAAGAGCCAACUUUUGAAUAUUUUUGCUGAAUGAAUAGUUAGAAAUGGACGAGAGACACUGGUGGAUCGCAGGAAGAGUGCAGCAGACGCUCCACAGUGGAGAACUGGACAGCUCAUCAGCAUUAGAAAGUUGUGUUACACAAACUGACAAUCUUCAGCUUAUCAACAGGUUUCUCCAAGCUAAUGGACAUCAACUCCUCUUUUUCUUGAUUGAAGCAAAUUACAAAACAAAUCCCACAUCUUGGCGAUUUCAUGUUAAAUCAGAUCUCCAUAGUUUGGAAAAUGUGACCUGGAAAACCACUUUUCCCACAGUAGUUUACUUUCUACGCUCAGAGACAGAGCAUGAUGUUGAUGCUGCUCUGAUGGAGAGAGAAAUAUUCUGUGGUGAAAUAAAGGAAAACCCAGUGGAAAGUCUUAAAUGUUUACUAAAUGAACUGUGUAUCCCAAUUCUGCGUGCUCAGAAAGACUGGGGGUCCUGCAGUCAGGAGAGUGUUACUCAUUUUCUAUCAGGUCUGGAAAAAUAUGUUAUAGCUAUUGAAGACGCAGCUACCUUAACGAAUUUAGAAAAACAACACAUGAAUAUUUUGAAGAGACCGCAGAAAACCAUUAGUCCUGACUUUCUACAACAGAGAUCUUCCAUUCUGGAUGCAGAGAUUGUCAGUGAAAGUGAAGCCUUGGUUUCUCAUUGGAUAAAAACUAUUGAUCAAGUUUUGAAGGAAGCAGUGGAUGAAAGAGUUUUAGAUAUUACUACUACACCUAUGACUGAGCUUGAACGUUGGCACCAAAGACAAAAAAUCUUGGGCUUGAUUACCGAGCAACUACGAGGAAAAGAGUGCAAGUCUGUCAUUGGUGUCCUGAUUUAUGCCAAAUCACGACUGCUAAAGAGAUGGAAAGCUGUGGAUAUCAGCAUUACAGAGGCAACAAAUGCUACCAAGGAUCGUGUUAAGUACCUGGAAGCACUUUACCGUCAUCUGGAUGCUUUGGCCACAGAUAAUGACCCAUCAAAACUGAUUAACACCAUUCUACCAGGCUUCUUCAAUGGCAUCCAACAAAUGGAGAGCAUGUCGCGCUUCUUCUCGAAGACUGGGUAUCUGGGACUGCUGCUCACUAAGGUAUCAAAUCAAUUGGCUCAGAACUGCAGAUCUGCUCUGAAAGACAGCAUCAGGGUUGGAGGUUCAGAAGACAGACUCUGGGACAUAAUAAGACAACACAUUGUAACAGAUAAAGAAGAAUAUGUUCUUGGUGCAGGAGAAGAGAAGAUGCCUAAAAAGGAGAAAUACAAAACAAAGAAGUUAAGGAGCAGCAACAGUACGUUUUAUGAACAAACACAAGCCUGCCUGGCAGUACACACCUGUUUUCAGGAGGAGUUACGCCGUCUACGUGAAUGGUUAUUAGGGACACAUGGACUUCAAAGAUAUUCAUCUCUAAGUUCCAUUUCUACUGCAGUUGGAAGAUUGUCCUCUGUACAAACUGUGAAAACUAAUAAAGCUAUUAUGAAGAUGCCAUCAUCCGUAACAUCCAGCUCCGACCAACAGCACGAUUACCAAAGCAACAGUGUGGCUAUAACAGAUGAUGACACAAUUAUGUACCACUUGGAAGCACUGAGCGUCAAGCUGAAGCAAACAUUGGACAUAAUGGACAAGCUGCAAGAGUACAAAAUAUUAUCCAAGCUGACAGAAGGGCUGAGAAAACCUGCCCAUGAGGACCUAACUGAAGAUGAUGAUAGUGAACUAGGAAGUGUAUGUGACAUCGCUUUGCCUGCAGAAUCCAAGCAAACAGAUGCCCAGACUGAUCCCUCUGCUCACCAAACUCAAAUGUUGAGACAAAUCACAAGUACACCAGGGAAACUGAAGACUCUUAUUGAGGAGGAUGAAGUUCAGAUGUUUGUGGGAGACUCCUCCAUGAUAUCAGUCCCGUCUGUGAGAAGUGCAGACCCAAAUGACUGGAAAAAUGAUGAUCCCUCACCAUAUAAGGAGGAAGAAACAGAGCUAGCACUCUCAAAUGAAGAGAAAAAUAUGUUAGCGAACUUGUAUAACAGAGAAGACAUAGAUGAUGACAUGUGUACAUUGUCCUCUAUUCUGUUGGAAAAACUGGAGCAGAUGGUUGAACUGCUGGCUCAGUAUAUAGACACAGAUAUAUUACUGGACACAGAGAGAAGGGAUCACAACCCCUAUGAGGAGGGGUACUCAGAAUUCUUAGUGAUGAACCAGCAGACAGAAAAGUAUAUCUCUGUAUACAUACAGGCUUUGUUCCUGAGACGAAUGCCUUGCAAAGAUGCCCUCUCCAUUCUUCAAAGGUUUUCUAUUGUGAGCCAUAGACAAGGGAUACAACAUGUUAUCAAUGAGUACUAUGUUGAGGUAUUUGAUUGGUUCUAUGAUGAACUGAAGGAGGUUCAACAAGAGUAUGAAACAUUUAAGGAUGAGCCGGACUUACCUAGAAACAUGCCACCUGCAGUGGGAGCAAUUAUCUGGUCACGGAAGUUGCUAUCGAAGAUAGAAAAUACAAUGAAGGCAUUUAAAAAUGUGAGAAUUGUAGCUACAUGCCUCACAUACUCACAUACUGUAAAGCUGUAUAAUCGAAUAGCUUCUGCCUUGGUGUCAUAUGAAGACUUAUGCUAUCAGAAGUGGAAGGCACAGGUAGACAAAGGUCUUAGUGGACUUCAUUUUACAUUACUCGUCCGAGAACCUUUUACACAGGAACUGAUGGUCAACACUGAUGUGAGAAUUCUCCAUCUGAUUGAAGAGACAAAAUGGAUGUUGAGGCUUGGGAUCAGUGUUCCAGAAUCGGCUCUGGUGGCAUUUCAGCAGGCAGAAAAAUUCAAGAUGUACAAAAGUAAUUUAGAGGACGUAGUUAAGGAGUAUGGGAAAAUUCAACAGAGGAUCCCUGGGAACUUCACUGUGUUGUUCACCUCCCAUCUGGAGCGAGUAAACCGCCAAUUCCAACCAGGAUUAUCUACUUUAUCAUGGAGCAGUGUCAACAUAGAGGGUCUCCUUCAUCAAACCAGUGCUGCUGUCAAAAGGUUGCAAGCCAUUGUUAAUAAAGUUACAGAAAUUAAGGAACAGGUGAUAGAAAACACACUUGAAGCGGUCUCAAAUUUUGACUUACUGUCUGUUGACGAGAUCACAAAUGCACCAAAGAGUCCUGCAGAAUUUGUACAGCUCUUAAAGUGGUCUUUGCUGGAAAAGAAAAAUGAGUUAGAAGUCAUGGCAAGUGUCAUUAAAAGUGGGUUUGAAGAUAUCUUAAAAAUACUAAAGUCUUUCCAGGAAUCCAUCCCAGAAAAUAGCAGAACAUCUGUCCCUGUGAGGAAUAUUGCUUCCAAUUCUUGGCUGAAAAAAACAUUACGUAAACCACAGGCAGUGUUCCUAUCCUCAGAUAACUCCAUCAUGGAUUACCCUGAAGAAAUUGUCAGUCAGGUUCUGGAGUCACUUAGCAAUGACCUCUACCAGGCUGUUUACACCUGUGUCUUGCGUUCCUUACUCAUCCUAGCACAGUUAACAGAAUGUGAUAUGGAAAGUAUCACAAGUGGCCUUUUCCAAUUAUUCAAUGAAAGAUCAGGACCUGGAUCAGAGAGGAACAAACCUCCCAUUAAUACAUGCACUCUUAAAGAUCUGCUUUUGAGUUCAAAACUUCAGGCACAGAGUUUACGGUUUAAGCUGUCCCUCAUGUUCCAGAUACCACACAUUCUGAUAGAUCCCUCUAUAGAAGUAGUGGAAGAUGCUUUGGCGCAGGCUGUUCUUUCUGUUAUAAGCAUAAGUGAUUCCUCAAGCUGGUGGUCAGGAGAGAAGAAAGGCCAAUCUUUCCAUGUGUGUCUGGGUGCAGAUGAGCUUCUGCAGCAUAUUGCAACUACAAUUGUGAAAUCUGUUGGAGACUUGCAGGCUGUGGUGAAGAAGCAUGUUUUCAGUCUAAGUUGCUAUGACUUCCUGUGGACGGACAACAUGUAUACACAGAGUCAGGAGCUUUUACAGGGUAACCCAGGCCUUUCUGUCAUUCAUAAGGAAGUACAACGAUUUCUCAACAUUGAAGAACAAAUCAAACAAUAUCCUGAGAUUCUACAAAUAGGCUGUCUUUGUCUUGAUUACUCUCUGAUAAAGGAAACAUUAAAAGGAUUUGCAGGAAGUUGGAAGUCUUAUUAUGCAACAAUCAUACAUGAGCGUGUUAAGGAAGAUCUUGGAAGUGCUUUACAAUACAGAGAGAAAGUGUGGCAGCAACUCACAGUCCCAGUGGAAAGCCUGGAGCAGCUAAACUCAAUUUUAACGCUAUUAGAAGAACUGCAAAACAUGGAAAAUAAAAUUGAUGAAGUGUAUCUACCUAUAGAAACAACAUAUGAGCAGCUAAGGUCCUAUCAGUUACGUAUACCAAGAGAAGAAGUAAUUGAUGUAACAAACUUGAGAUCUAAAUGGACCGAGUUAAUGGAUCUUUCUAAUGUUGUUAAAGAGAACUUGCUGCAAGAGAAACAGGACAUCUUUAAGCAGGAACUUGACAAGCAAGUUAAAAGUUUUGUAGUAGAGGUUAUCCAGUUUCGAAAUCGAUUUGAUACACAAGGUCCAGCGGCUCCUGGUAUAAAGCCAGAGGAAGCUGUAGCUCGACUACAUGAUUUCAAUGAGAAAUACCAGAUAUUUAAUGCUAAGAGGAAUACGCUAAACUCUGUGCAGAAACUCUUCAACAUAGUUCCAAAGACUUUCCUGGAGUUGGAUAGAACUAGAAAGGAUCUACAGCUACUCGGAACACUUUACAUCCUGUUCCAGAAGUUUAUUGAUUUUGACCAGAAAUUUCGGAACACACUAUGGGCAGAUGCAGACCUUACAAUAAGUAAUCAGGAGAUAGACCAGUAUUGGUCUGAGUGCCAGAUUUGGAAUGAUAAACUAAAGGACUGGGAUGCAUACAAUGAAAUGGCUCGAGAGAUCAAAUUCUAUGAAGACAUCUUUCCUCUUCUACAUGAACUAAAGUCUAAGGAAAUACGGAACCGUCAUUGGCUGCAAGUAAUGUCUGUGACUGGAAGCUCAUUUCCCCUUGAAGCUAACAUCUUUGAAGUCUCUCACCUUCUUGAUAUCGGACUAUUAAAGUUUCAGAACCAGCUAGUCUCCAUAGCAAAAGCAGCAAAGAAGGAAAUGGAUCUAGAGAUUAAAAUGAGAAAGGUUGAAGAAGAAUGGAGUGAGCAGGUGCUGAGCUUUAAGCCCUACAAAAACAAGGUAUUGCUGGUGAAGGAGGAUUCCCUUCUGUUACUGGAAGAGCUAGAAGAUGCCCAAGUGCUUCUUGCACAGAUGUUGAGCUCCAAGGAAAUUGAUCCUCUAAGAGAGGAAGCGACAACUUGGGCAGAGAAGCUGAAACGUGUGGGUAAUGUGUUGGAGCUGUGGAUUGAAGUACAGGCGCUCUGGCAGCAUUUGGAGGAAAUAUAUAAUAAUCCCACUAUUAUACAGGAACUACCCCGGGAUGCAAGAAAAUUUGCCAGAGUUCACAGACGAUGGACUCUGAUGAUGAUAUCUGCAUAUAAGACAAAAAACGUCCUGCAGUGCUGCUGCACAGGAGAUGUACCCAAAGAGGUUCUUCUGAGACAUUUCUACCAGGAGCUGGAGAACUGUUUCUGUUCUCUAACGUCUUACCUUGGCAGAAUGAGACAGACUUUUUCUCGCUUCUACUUCCUCUCAGAUUUGGCACUUGUAUCUGUGCUUAGCUGCCCCCGUGACAUUAAAGAUCUGCAACAUCAUUUCAGAUCUUUGUUUAGUGGAGUUUCCUCUAUAGAGGUGGAGGUAAUAGAGGAGGAGGAAAGUGUAAGCUCUGAUGAUGAAGCAGCUGAGCCCAUGGGUCCUGUACUUGAUUUCUUAAGUGUCCGAUCUGGAAAUGAAGGCUGGCUAUCUCUAGGGCAAAGAAGUACAACACAUGUCACAGACACUGAAAGCAUAUUUCAAAGAUCUAUUAAAUCUGCCCGUAUAUCUACCGACAGGAAUCAGUCUGUUCUGUAUACGGAGUCUAGCAAGAAAAUAAAUGCAGUGUCCGUCACAGCAUUCGCAGGUGAACAUCUACAACUGGAUGAACAGGUAGCCAUUACUACGGAUUUGGGAGCCUGGCUCAGUAAACUUCAUAGUAACAUACGUAGUUCAUUGAACAACAAAAUAUAUGAAGUUAUAGAAGACAUUAAUCAAGGAAUGUCUAUAGAUGAAUGGACACAAAAGUACCCUACCCAGGUAUCGGUGCUUGGUCUGCUUUACCUCUGGACAAGAGACUUUGAAAGUUCUAUCUCUGAAGUAAGACAGGAUCGCAAGGCUCAAUCCCGAACUCUAAAAAAAUAUUUUACAAUGGCUAUCAAACUGUCCUCUGUCACUGCCAAAGGAUACUUGAAAAAUAUAGAAGAGCCCAUCUCCCAGUUGCAGAGGUUGAAGCUGGAACAUAUGAUCAUGCAAGUGCUUUAUCUCCGCGAUGUCAUGGACGUCAUUUUCUCCCACAAAGUACGGGAGGCUGCUGAUUUUAAUUGGAAAAGAACUACACGGUUUUAUCUCAAGAAAAAAGAUGGAACACUAAGGCAUGAGCUACAUAUACUGGAUGUACAGUAUGUUUAUGGCUGUGAAUUCUAUGGUGCAAAAAUCCCAUUAAUUAUGAAUCCUAUAACCGAGAAAUGUUUCCUUAAAAUAUCACAGAUACUGCAGCAGAGAAGUGGUGUGAUCAUACAAGGCGAACAUGGAGUUGGUAAAACUGAAACAAUAAAGGGCCUCUCAUAUGUACUGGGAAACUUCCUUGUUCUCUUCACAUGUUCUCCAAUGACAGACAUAUCUGCUAUUAGUAGAGUACUAAAUGGGACAGCUCUUGAAGGAUGUUGGAGCUGCUUUGAUGACUUUCACCUCCUACCUGAUCAUGCAGUCCCUGUAUUCAUGCACAGCGCAAGGUCCCUUUAUGACUCAUUAAAAGCCAAGCUACCCAAGAUGACUUUACAAGACGGAUGCAAGAUUGCAGCACAUCCAGAUUCCUGCCUGUUUCUGACUGUCUCCAGAUCCGGGUUCCAGCGUCUACCUAAUGAUGUACAGGCGAUCUUUAGGACUAUCUCCCUGGUUGUUCCAGAUCACACUGUACUUCUCAAAGCCAAACUUACCAGCCUAGGCUUCAAAAGCGCAAAAGCUCUCGCUACCAGACUACAACUGAUCUCCGAACUGCUCAAAGAACAACUCUCAGAGGAAUAUCACCGUCACUUCAGCCUGCAGUCUAUGGUGGAAGUUAUAUACUGGGCAAAUCAGAAGCGGCAGAUGGAAAAGAUAGUCAAUGGUCGCAACGAGCCAGAAGACGGCAGGAUUUCCCGUUCUAGCAGUGUUAUGUCUUAUCAGAGGCUCCCGGCAUAUGCAGCAAGUCCAGUGUCCAGCAUAAAAGCUGACACCAGUGCAAAUAAAAAUAAGAAACUCAUCUCUUCUAACCCUAUUCUUGCUGCUGCAAAGGAAAGUCAUGCAUUGGUAGCAGAUGCACUACAAGACGUUAUAGGCCCGAGAAUGACUGGUGAUAGUUAUGUGGUGUUCAAGCAAAUUGUUGGAGAUGUGUUUACGGGAAUGUAUGACAUGAGCGACUACAGGCAGUUCUUUCAGAAGGAGCUAGAAAAGGCCAUUUUAACGAAAGCAGACGAAAAUAAAUUGUUCCAUCAUUCUCCAUGGCUGAACAAAGUAAAACAGCUCUUCAGUUUAUCUAUAGUCAAUUCAGCUGUAAUCGUGGCAGGACCUCCAGCAUCUGGGAAAAGUGCAUGCAUUAGUACACUUGUGCAGGCCCUUAAUCAUCUCCAGGUCUCUAGCGAGGAACCAUCCCAUAAAAUUGUAAAGAUCAAUCCUUUAAGUGUGGAUAAUGGAACUUUGAUGUUCGGUGGUCAGAAUUCUUCACAUACAUGGCAGGAUGGAAUUGUCACCUACGUAUGGAAGAAAGCAAUCCGGAACCACUGCAAUACAUGGUUGUGGUUUGAUGGCCAACUGACCUGCAGCUGGGCUGACAACUUCAACAGUGUUCUGGGACCAGAGAAGGGAAUAGUAUACAUAGAAGGGGAAGCUCUUGGCUGGAAACCUUUGUCUAAGAUUUGGCUAGAUGGAAGAAACCAACAGGAAAAUACAGUUCUUUCAAAAGCUUUCUACAGGACUUUGGAUCCCGUCUUCAAUCUUAUUCUUCAUGAUACCAAGCCACUUGUUCCAGUUACAGAGGUUGGCUUGUUCCGUUCCUGCACACACCUCCUGACAGUCAUGCUGAACGAUAAGGCUCAGAGUAUUGGGGGACAGCUGCAUAUUGAGCGGCUUUUCAUUUUCUGCCUUAUCUGGUCAGUAGGAGCCCUCAUUGAGAGUUCAGAAAGGCCCAAGUUCAGUGAGCUGUUGAAAAUCUACACUUCAGUAUUGCCAGAUGAUGACCAGGAGAUUUCUGUCUUUGACUAUUACCUUGACGAGUCAGGAGAGUGGGACACGUGGCAGUCUCGCUUACCAGACAUCUCAUAUAUUGGGAACACAGACAUCAUGGGAGAAGCAUUUAUAGAGACACAAGACACUAUUAUAGUUCGCACUUUCUUAGAAUAUGCCAGCAUGGGAUCCCAACACAUCUUAUUAACUGGACCUCCUGGCUGUGGGAAGACAGCACUAAUGAAUGACUUUAUCUCCACUCAAGACCGGGCACGGACAGUACUUAAAAGAUUGGUGUUCUCAGGAUCCACAGAAGCCAAAGAUCUACAGGAACUCCUUCAGCAAAAUAUAGCCCACAGACAUGGCUUCCUAUAUGGUGCUAGAGAUGGUAAAACACUGCAGUUGUUCAUUGAUGAUCUCAAUCUUCCUACACCGGAUGAGAAUGGGGUGCAGUGCUGUAAUGAGCUACUAAGAAUGCUUCUCGAUGAUAAUGUUCUGGUGGGACUACACAAACCGUUUGAGUGGCAGACAUUGGAAGGACUCCUGGUGAAGGCAGUAAUGGGCCUACCCAAACAUGGCAACAGCACACAGAGAACUGCAGCUCAACGGCUAUUGCGUCAUUUUUCCAUAUUUCAUCUUCCGGAUCUAGAGGGUUCCCAGCUGCAACAGGUCAUUUUCUCUCUGCUAGAAGCAAACAUGGGUGAUAAGGAUGGCCUCUCAUUGCAAGAAGAACUGCAGAUGUCUCUGGCCAAAGCCUCAUGCCAUGUUUUGGAAUGUGUUAAGAAAGUGUUAGUUCCAUCUUCAACUCCAGGCAGACAGCACUAUCUGUUCUCUUUAAGAGAGAUCAGUAGAGUUUUCCAGUCUCUUCGGAAGCUACCAAAUGAAGAUCGUGAAGACCGUAGCAUUGUUGUAUCAUACUGGCAGCAUGAAAUCCAUUGUGCUAUACUUGACAGGCUGUGCCGACGUGCUGACAUCAAUUGGUUCACCUCAGAACUUACCAAAACAAUCAAAGAGUAUUUUCCAGACAUAGAGACAUCUUCCCUCCAAAGAAUAUUUACAACAUUUCCACUGGAAAUGAAGUUUUCUCAUCAUCCCAGUACAGAUAACAGAAGUAUCAAGGUUUCGCUGCAAUCUCUCGACAAAUUGGAUGAUGCGCAAAAUUUCCUGAAGACCAUUCUGCAGCAUUACAAUGAGGAGCUUGGGCACCAAAAGCUCCAUAUUGAAUUAUCAGAGAACGCUGUAAUGCAAAUAAUCCGUAUACACAGAGUCUUGUCUUGUGAGAAUGGUGGAAAUGCUUUGUUGGUUGGAUGUGUAGGAUCCCACCUCUCUACCCUAGUGAAGCUAGCACUCUACGUGGCUAACAUACCACUGCAUGUGGUGGAUACAUCUGGGCACAACAACUUAAUCAACAGUCUGAAAUCAGCUCUCCAGAUCUCAGCUGUGGAUGGAAGACCAACAGCCAUUCUCUUAACUGCAGAAGAACUGGCUACUGACAGCUGCCUAGAUGCCAUUAACAGCCUGUUGAUCUGUGGGGAAUAUGCAUCGUUGUUCACUACAGAGGAGAUGAAUGAUCUCCUGCAGGUUCUGGGACCAGCACUACGGAGGAAACAUCCACAUCAUGGUUUUGACCCAGCCAAGUAUCUUAUUUCUCAAGUUAAAUCAUAUCUGCGGAUAAUGGUAUGCAUUCCACCACAUCAUGAGCUUCUGAAAACUGCUGCAAGAAAAUAUCCUGGAUUUUUAAGUGGCUGCCAGUUCAUUUGGAUUGACAGCUGGUCACAAAAUGUUAUUAAAAGGGAAGCCAAACACUACAUAAUGCAACACAGGAUUAUGGAGGGCCACACAGAGGAGACACGAGAUAAAGUUGCAUUGGCUAUUUCUUUGAUUCAUAAUUAUUUGCUCCAAGAAAAUAACCAGGUUCCAUGGGCUGGCGAUUGCAACCCUAACACUGGAAAGGACACCUGUCAAAUGGGGGAUGUAUGUCCUACUCCGCUUCCCUACUGCAAAGACAUUAUUCAGGAGAGAAUCAAGCUUCUAAUUUCAAAGGAAACGACAACAGCAACAGAUAAAGUGUUUGUUGGUCCCAGCACAUUACAAGUAUUUCUGAGUAACUUUCAGCAUAUAUUCCUAAAGAGGGUGGAAGAACACCACAAUACUAAUAAUCAGUUAAAACAUGUACUUGAGACACUUGCUAAUACCAGGAGGGAUGCAAAGAAAACUCAAGAAAGCAUUGAUAUUCUUGGAGAAAAACACAAGGAAGCUCAAAUGAUAGUUUCGGAUAUUUUAAACAAGCUCAUUACAAAGACUUCUAUCUUGGAGUGGCUUAAAGCUGUGUUGGGUAUUGGAGACGAGACUCUACAAAUUUUCCUGUCACAAAAGGAAAAUGAACUUGAAAAUUCUGAAGAAGAUGAUAAUUUAUUGAAAGAUGAGAGUUCUGAUGAAUAUGACGAAGCAUUUAAAAGCAUGAAAGAAGCCAGCAAGAAGUCAUACCUACAUGAUAUCUUGGAGAAGACAGAAAAAGCAGCUGAUGAAGUGGAAGAACUGAAAAAACAUUUACGAACCAUUAAAAAUGAGGUGAUGCACUGGUGCAGUAAAGUUGACAAACCAUGUGUUGAAAGACUUGUUCGAUGCCAGAAUCCCCCAUAUCUGGUUGCUCAGAUAUUAGAAAUGUCUUUGGUCAUGAUCAGUUGCCUCCCAAAAGUUGAAUACAUGAAAGAUCUACAAAAAUCUCCACCUUCAGUAAAUGAAAAGUCAGACAAUAGAGCUAGUAACAGAUUCCAGCCUUCACCUAUAGCCAAGUCAACCACAUCAAAGAGAGGCAUGAGAGAUCCUGCUGACAAGGUUGAUAAAGCAAGAUGGAAGAACAUACAGUAUCACAUUGGAGAGAGCAGUAAAUUUGUUGAAAUGAUACAUCAGAUUGCUAAACUUGAGGAUGGGCUUCCAGAAUACACAAUGAAAGAUGUUGAAGCAUACCUUGGUAGAGCCAGCGAAGGGUCACAUGGAGUUACCGGUGAAGGUUCCUUGCUGGAAAAUGCUGCUCCUUAUGCUACACCCCAGUCCAUCACUCCAGCCAAGAAAUAUUCACACACUGACUAUAAUAAAAGUAAAGAUGCUAAAAGAAGAGGAAUCACGAUUGCGGCAGCCCGGUACAGCUCUGAGGACGCAGCAUCUCUGGUGGCAUUUGUUGUUGCUGUUGUAGAAUACACUCGGCUUUGUGUGCCAUUAAAGGAUUGCCAGAAAAAGUGGUCAGAUUUAGAAAGAGAGAAGGAGGAUCUUAUUUUAAAGGAGGAGCAGUCUAGACUGAUACCGGAGAGUGUGGAAGAAGAACCAGCAGUGUUUUAUAAUCAGGCACACACUAAAGAAGAUAUUUCCUUACUCCAGGCCGAGGUGACACAUCUUCAUGAAGAAUAUGAUUCUGCUGUCAAUCUUAAAUAUCAAUUGGAGGAAGAAUUGCAGUCACAUGAGGAGAAGCUGCAAGCAGCCGUAGACAUGCUAGACAGGUUGAAAGUACAAGAAAAAGAAUGGAGGGAAAAGGUUACCCUGAGCAGUACCGAGGAGCUACUGACAAACUGUGUGCUGGCUGCAGCCUGUCUGACGUACUGCCCUGCUCUCAGUGUGGAUGGAAGGAUGAAAGUUACUCAUUUGCUUUUCAAAGUAUGUGAGAGCUGCUGUCUUCCACUCCCGCAGAGAAUGCUCCUGAAGCACCUUCCCAUCAUGCAGUUCAUGCACACGCCGAUUGAAAUCAAGACACUGGAGAACAGGGGCCUUCCAACAAACCCCCUUGCAUUGAAUAAUUCAUGCAUGUUUACUACAGCGAUGACUAGCAGCUCUUGGGGGUUAGUGAGUGAUCCCACAGGACAAGCUAUUGACUGGAUUAAAGGUCACUUGCCGGAACACACAGUAGAAGUAAUGUACCAUGAUCUUGUCUCUGAGAUGGACACAUGCCUGACAGUUGGACAUCCCCUUUUGCUGACUUACUGUGAUAUCCAGACCCUUUCUCGGGAUGUCCGCUUUUCACAGAUUCUACGUUCUAAACGAAUAUUUCAGGAGCACAAGGUUCCAUUCAAAAUGAUGAUUGGAGUGCAUGAAGUAGAGUGCAACCCCGGUUUCCGUAUAUACCUGCAUACCAGCUGCUUGCCCGAGGACAUCCCGCCAGAAGUAGCCUCCUACUGCACCCUACUGUACUUCUACCAGGACAGAGACGGAUUGGUAGAGCAACUUCUGGAUAGAUUUAUACAAACCGAAAAACCUGGAUUAAAAGAAGAGCGCUUCCUACUGAAACAGGAGUGCCUUAAUAGCAUGAUAAUACUUUCAGCCUUGGAGGAGAAAAUAAUAGCUACACUGCAAAGUCAUGACUCACUGCUGCUCAGUCUCUCCGUUACUAAGAAGCUGGGAGAUCUGACACUGCAGCAUGAAGAAGCCACAGAAACGUACAUGAGGAUUGUAGCCUCAGAAGACAACUUGUCACAUGCCAGAGAAGGUUUCCGUGAGAUAGCUGUGCGUGGUGCUGUGAUGUUUGGCACUGUAAGAAUGCUUCAGCACCUUAACACAAUGUAUGACACCAGCUACAAGCAGCUACUGGAACUGUUUAAUGUAUCAGUGGCGCAUUCUGAGAGGUAUUCACUCAAAGGAGUAGUUUCCUGUGUGACCAGUAACAUAUUCUCCUACAUAGCAAGAUCCUUGCUGGAAGAGGACAGGAUGGUCUACACCCUGCUUGUAGCAUUAGAGGUGGAAGAGUCACUCGGGCGAAUAGGGCCAGGUGAGAGAGAAUUUAUAAUUUCCCCAGAAUUAUGUGUUGCGGUGCUGCAAGGUGCGGCCAGUAAGGUGUAUGAAGCACGUCAGCAAGCAAAGAAUCCAUUCGAGUGGAUGAGUGAAGAACAAUUUAAAAAUGUACAGAUCCUUGCAACAUACUUUGACUGGUUUGGAGAGCUCUUUGAUAGAAUGUACAAGGACGGUAAAGACCUUACAUGGAAAACAUUUUGUGAGAGUGAUCAGCCAGAAAAUUCUUCAAAGGUAAAAUGGCCUGAGGGAAUGGACGGACUAAACCACCUUCAGAGGUUAUUGGUGUUGCGAGCUGUAAGGAUGGAUAGAAUACUACCAUCAGCUUCUAACUACAUUAGUGCUACACUGGGGAAAAUGUAUGCGGCAGAUGUAGUUGUUGAUCUUCAGAACUCUCUGCCAUGGAUGUCAACCCAGAAGCCAGGGUUACUAAUCUAUAGCACUGAUUGUAACUUACCACGCACCUUACUCGUAGACUUAGCAGAGAGACGAAACCAGAAAAUCACAGUUUACCCUAUUAGCAUCCCUGAGGAAGAUGUAAAGGAAGUUCUGAUGCAUGCAAUGUCAGAGGGUAGCUGGGUUUUACUGGAGAACAUCCACAAUUCUGAACAAUUAAUGAUGUCACUUGGAGAGAUUCUAAAGUCUGCAAAGAACCCAGACAAGAACUUCCGUGUAUGGCUUUCUGCCCAAACUAGCCAACAUCUACCGACACAGCUGCUCCAUGACACUGUGAAAACUGUGGUGGACACUCCAAUGAAUAUAAGACGAGGGAUCAUUCAGUCUUGGCAAUUUAUCGAUCGUGAAACCGUGGUGAUCAGUUCUCGGCCAGAGUGGCCAAGUCUCCUUCACAACCUCUGUUAUCUGCAUUGUGCUGCUCGCUUGAGAACAUUAUUCGGACUCUCGGCAGGCUGGAAUUGUCCAGACACUAUGCGCUUUGGGUGUUCAGAAUUGAUGGAGGGCAUCAAGGCUUUAAAAGAUGAAUUUAAGGAAGGAGAAAUUGAGACUGGAGGAAAACUUCUGUCUUGGACGGCCAUCAGAUACCUACUGUCAGACGUAAUCUAUGGAGGAAAUGUUUCAGAUGAAUCAGACAUGACAGUUUUGACUUCAAUGAUUGAUUACUGGAUCAGUGCUAACACUACAAAGAAAGACAGUGAACUCACUAAACUAAAAUUCAAGAUCCCAACACCUUUCUUUGCCACGGAUUUAAAUCCUGCUUCUCUGACACAAGCACUGGAAUCCAUUCCCCAGUAUUCCCUAGAUGGGCCGGAAGCUUUCCAUAUGCACCCUUCUCCAGUGGUUCCAUUUGGUGAACAGCACUAUGUCAUCUCAAAACUCAGCCAACUGUUUACAUUCGGAUCUCACCACAGGCAUCGGCCACAGAGUGCAAAACCUCUACAAACAUCUCAAAAAGGCAUGAAACCAGUUUCUGUUCCAAGCCCUCGUUCCUUCUCAGUGACCAUACCAGACACUUCAUCCUAUUCUGUGGACCUAUGUACAUCCAGGCUAUCUGAGGUCCUAGACAUCUGUGUUUCCCUUAUUUCCAAAGUGCCACGUGGAUGGAGUCGGGAUUUUAUUAAUGAACGGCUGAAAAAAAUUGGAGGAGAUACACCAUUCAAUCUAUUUUUUAAAAAAGAACUCAAUCAUCUCACAUCAGUAUUAUCUGAAAUACGAACAAAUCUUCAGAUGAUCAAACAUUCCCUGGAAUCACCGGACACAUUAGGCGAUCAGCUUUCAGAUGCUGACUCUAUUAUAAUUGUGCAGGAUUUGUAUCACAAGAAAGCUCCCAUACAGUGGUGUAAGAUGGCAUGGAACUUCCCCUUCCCAUCUGAUUGGUCCAUCUCAUCUUACAUACAAGAUUUACAACAGAGAGUAACCCACUUUGAGAAAAUACUACAGCUGGGGCGUGAAAAGAUGCCAACGUAUUGGCUGGGGGCGUUUCAUAAUCCAAAGGGCCUACUGUCUGUGCUGAAACAAGAAGCAAUUCACAGAUUCUCAGGGAGAACAGGAAAUGCUGAAGCAAUAGACUUUAAAACUGAAAUAACACAGAGAGACAAAGAUCAUAUUAGAGACCCACCUCAUGAAGGCAUAUUUGUAUAUGGAGUUCAUCUUUGGGGAGUGCUUUGGAACAAGACCAAUGGCGAGAUUGUGGAUUGCCCUCCAAGCCAGAGGCUCAAUACAUUACCAGUCAUUCAUCUGCACUGUUUGCCCAGGUUGGAGAAGUCUGUAAUUACUGACACCCCAAAAGUAGCAGAUACGUACCUCUGCCCAGUAUACCUUUCCUCAUCCUCUGUAAGGGAACCAGUCUUCGCCAUAGACAUUAUCAAAGAAAAUGUUGCCAGUUCCCGGUGGGCUCUUAGGGGCAUGAAAGCAACCAUACAUCCAUUUUGAUGUUGGUCUUGUGGAGAAUACAGUAGAUGUUAAAAAAAAAAGUUCUGUAAUUUUUCAUAAAAAAGUAUAUAAGUUUAUAUGCUUUAAUGUAAUACAAAUGAUGGGAAAUACAAAAUAAAUAUAUAUUUGUAUUAA